GUGACGCAUCCGUUACACAUGAUCCAUUGCCGAUGUGAAUUGCACCGGGAUCAGUUAAAUAAAGCGGAAGCGGGAAGUAAACGCUGCUUGGCGGGACAGUCGAAGCGUUGGCGCCAUUGGGGACGAUUUACUUUGCGUUCGAAGUGUGAAGCAGUACGGCUCAAGUCCGGACUCCAGAGUGUAUCUCAUUCUUAAAAAAAUAUUAGCAAAGUCAAAAUAACUGCUUCUUCGCAGAUAUGAUGCAGUUGACGGACGGAGCGAUAGAGGCCUUGUCCAGCGGAAGCGGUGUAAACGACGCCAUCCUUCAACUGGUGAGCAUCCGCAAGAUUGAGGGUGGAAACGGUCCAGCUCGUUAUCGUGUGAUGAUGAGCGAUGGACGACACACCAUGUCCUCAUUCAUGCUUUGCACACAACUCAAUUUCAUGGCCGAAGACAACCUGCUGGCCCCCAACUGCAUUGUUCGUAUCAAGAGACACGUGACAAAUACUCUCAAGGAUGGACGACGUGUGGUAAUCAUUUUGGAGAUCGAGGUCCUCAAGCCCGCGGCAGAUGUCAACGGCCGAAUUGGCAACCCAACUCCUUAUAGCGAUGGACAGGCUAAAGCCCCUCAGCAGGCCGCGCCGCCAGCUGCCCCUGUCAGCCGUCCUCCUCUUCAGGCUCAAAUUGGAAAUGAUCCGCCCUCCUCCGCCUCCCUCCCCCCUCCAGUGAACAGAGCGGUCGGUAAAGAUUUUGGGAAGAAGCCGGCCGCGCCCAUGACGCCAGGGGGGCCCUCCAAAGUUCAGCCCAUUGCCAGCCUCAACCCAUACCUAUCAAAAUGGACCAUCUGCGUCCGCAUCACCAACAAGAGCAGCAUCCGCACGUGGAGCAACUCCCGUGGCGAUGGCAAACUUUUCUCCAUGGAGGUCGUGGACGAGAGCGGAGAGAUCAGGGUGACCAGCUUCAACCAAGAAGUAGACAAGUUUUUUGGGCUCAUCGAGGUUGGCAAGGUCUACUACAUCUCCAAAGGCAACCUAAAGGUGGCCAACAAGCGGUUCACCUCAGUGAAGAACGACUACGAGGUCACCCUGAAUGGCGAGACCUCCAUCAUUCCGUGCGAGGACAACUGCGAUGUCCCCAUGGUGCAGUGCGACUUCAUCACCAUCGGCGACCUGGAGAAGAAGGAGAAGGAUUCCCUUGUGGACGUGAUUGGCGUGUGCAAGAGUGUGGGUGAGGUGACCCGCCUCACCACGAAGACCAACCGGGAAGUGUCCAAACUGACGAUUAAUCUGAUGGACGCAUCUGGCAAGAUGGUGAUGCUCACGUUGUGGGGAGAAGAAGCGGAGCAGUUCAAUGGCACCUCUCAGCCCAUCGUGGCCAUUAAGGGCGCCAAGCUGUCCGACUUCGGCGGGGUCUCACUCUCGACGUCCUUCACCAGCACCCUGAUGACCAACCCGGACAUCCCUGAGGCAUACAAGUUGCGCGGCUGGUUUGACAAGGAAGGCCACAGCAUGGAAGGAAAGUCUGUGACCGAGUUGAAAGGAAGUGGCGGCAUGGGAAACGCCGUGUGGAAGACCUUGGCUGAUGUGAAGGCGGAGAACUUAGGACACGGAGAGAAGGCCGACUAUUACACAUGCAUCGGCACCAUUGUGUACAUGCGUCAAGAUAACUGCCUCUACCGGGCGUGCCCAACUCCAGACUGCAACAAGAAGGUGGUGGACCAGUAUAACGGGAUGUACCGCUGCGAGAAGUGCGACAAAGAAUUCCCCAACUUCAAGUACCGCCUUAUCCUAUCAGCCAACAUUUCAGAUUACACCAACAACCAGUGGGUGACUUGCUUCCAGGAGACCGCCGAGGCCAUUUUGGGCCAAAACGCAGCUUAUCUGGGACAGCUGAAGGAGUCGAAUGAAGCAGCGUUUGACGAGGUCUUCCAGAAAGCCAACUUCAGCACGUUUGUGUUUCGCAACAGAGUGAAGCUAGAAACGUACAAUGACGAGUCCAGAAUCAAGGCGACGGUGAUGGAGGUGAAGCCCGUGGACCACCAAGAGUACAGCAGAAGGUUGAUCAUGAACAUCAGGAAAAUGGACGCCAAGUAAAAAAAAAAAAACCCUCAAGAAGCAUCUUAAAAAUAUGUUUUGCGCAUUGAGAAAGUGUGUGGGCAGUUCCUGUGGUUUUUGAUGGGGGGGGUUUCCCGUGCUUUAUUUUUCUUCAUGUUCUUGAGAGUAAUCCUCUUGGCCCCGAAACAGAGUGACUGUUUGGCCUGUCUUGUUUAAACAUUUUCUCGUUCUGUAAGCACGGUCACGCCAGCACAAGCAAAACAGUGCCGCGUGUCUUAAGUUGGUUGUCUCUUGCCGGCAAAAGCGUUCACGGCAGGAGAACCCCCACCCCCACCCCAAGCCCCGCUUUUCACAAGCUGCAAGUGGCUGUGCUUGCCCUGAUAAGUCUUGUUUAUUCUCAGAGUUCGUUUUCUGACUUGCAAGCACAGCGCGCUAAGGAGAUCAUCUUCGAUUGAAAAGAGGUUGCGUUGUUUCUGUAAGAUGCUUCUGCAUUUGACUUGUUUUUCCUGUAGUUGUCGAAUCAAGUCACCGGGUUUGUUGUUCAUUUACUUGUUUUGUGUGAUGUUGUUAAAAUGAGAAGCUGUUCCAGCAAUAAUAAUAAAAAAGAAAUACUACUUUCUUUUGGACUAA